CUCGAUGUCAAGUAUAACUUCACAUGAAUGAUAUAAAAAAGUUGUUAGAGUUCAUUCAAUCUAUCUGGAAGAAAAUUGUGCUUAUUUUUAACUAGAUAACAGAUAAUCGAUGGCUCAACGGAAUCCGAAGGCAGAAAUGCCUGUAGCGCCUGAGGACGACUAUGAUCCGCACCUUUACAGAGUGGUCGAAGCACCGACAACGAAUAUGGAGACUUUUGUUCAUCUGCUGAAAGGAUGUAUAGGGACUGGAAUUCUGGCUAUGCCAGAAGCUUUCAUGUUUUCCGGGAUGCUAAAUGGUAUAAUUUCCACGUUUCUGAUAGGAAUACUUUGCACCUACUGCUUUCAGAUUUUAGCAAAAUCCCAGUAUAUAGAAUGCAAGAAAGUGAGGGUUGGUUUGCUUACCUAUCCAGAAUCCAUGAAAGUAGCUUGCGAAAUAGGUCCAGAGUGCCUUAGAUGCUUCGCUCCUUAUGCACCGGCCUUGACCAACUUCUUCCUCAUCUUCUACCAGGUGGGCACCUGUUGCGUGUACGUCGUGUUCGUUGGCAAGAACUUGAAGUACGUCGGGGACGUCUACACCUCGUCGCCGUGGAGCCUAUACCUCUACAUGACGAUGAUCUUCGUACCGUUCCUGCUCAUCCUCUGCGUCAAGAAUCUCAAGUUGCUGGCGCCGUUCUCCGUGGUGGCCAACAUCAUCACUCUGAUCACGUUCGGAGUGGUUUGCUGGUACAUUUUCCAAGGCCUGCCCAAAUUCAGCGACAGGCCGGCUAUGGGCUCUAUAAUGAAUUAUCCGCUUUAUUUCGGGACUUCGCUGUUUUCUCUGCAAUCUGUUGGAGUUGUUAUAACUAUAGAAAACAAUAUGGCCACUCCUAAAAACUGGACCCAGCCUUUCGGAGUGCUAAACAUAGGCAUGUGUGUGGUAACCAUCAUUUAUGUGGGUGUCGGUAUGAUGGGUUAUUGGAAGUAUGGAGAACUGAUAGAAUCCACCAUAACAAUGAACUUUCCAAUCAAGGAAUUGUUGGCCCAAAUUAUUAUUCUAUCAUACGCAGUAGCUAUCUUCAUCUCGUACGGCUUACAGGGUUACGUUCCCGUCCAUAUCAUCUGGCAUGACUAUAUGGUCAAGCGAUUAGAGGAUGCCAGUGAGAAAAAGAAGACUUUUUACGAAUACGUUUUGCGUAUAUCUUGCGUACUUACAACUUUCAUUUUGGCCAUGACAGUCCCCCUUCUUGGACUCUUCAUCUCUCUCGUCGGUUCCUUCUGCCUCUCGGCUCUGGGAAUCGCCUUUCCUGCCAUUUUAGAACUGUGCGCCAAUUGGCCGGAAAAAUCCAACCCCAAGACCUUCCUUUUCUGGAAAGACAUGGUGAUCAUCGUUAUCGGUGUUGUUGGAUUGUUGUCGGGCAGUUACAGCUCCAUCUAUGCCAUCGCCCAAAAACUUGCCUCUGGAGAGUAUUAAGAGGGAAACAACGGGAAAUUAUUAGGGGGUUAUCCAUAAAUUACGUCACAUGUUAUUUUUAAGAAUUUUAGACAAUCUCAUUACGUGUAGACUAUCAUAUAUUUAUGCAACUUUUUCACUGUGCCAAGUAAUGACACAUAAAAUCGUGUUAUAGUAGAAGAAGCGAAGGUAUUUUGGAAUACUAGUUACAAAAAAAAAAUCAAAAAAUUUAAAUGUUGAUUAUUUUGAAUAAAAUAAAUAACGUGCCUUAGAUCAACUAUGUUAUGACAUACGAAAGUUUCAAAGUAUUUAAAGUAAUUUACAUGGAUUUUUUCACUCUCUCUUUUUUUCAUGAAAAAAGUGACAAAAAUCUCGACAUAACAUACAGGCAAUUUUAAAAUACAUAACAUGCAGGUAAUUUGAAAUACCACAAAAAUAGCAGCAGAUAUGUUGUUUAUAUUAAAAAGGGACAUAAAGCAUUGUUAAAAAAGUAUCCAAAUAUUUAUUACAAGAGAAAAUUAAGUAGAAUAUUUACAGUAGUUGCACACAUAUACAUACGUUCUGGCGUCAUAUCCAACACAGAGUGCACUCACGAUUCGCAUGUGAGGCACUGACGUCACCUUGUACCUUUCCUUUGCUGAAAAAAAAACAUAAUAAGUAUAUUACUUUGGGUUUUUCUUAUUACCAAUUCGGAACAGUCCUAUAACUGUGAUACGCAAGCGCAAAAGGAAAUAUGAACAAAGUAUUUCAUUUGGGCGUGCGCUGCAGAGUUCUAGGACGGUUCAGAAUCGGAAAUAACACGAACCCGAACAAAGCUACAGUCCUCUUCCGGCUCUCUAUUUAAAUCAAAUCCCGGAGAUCGAAAUAAUUUAGCUUGCAUUAGGUUCAAUAUUUGUUCUUGUGUUCUGAUGUUUGUUCCUGUUAGCCUAUAUCUCUCCUACAAUUAAGAUCAGAUUCAGACAAAUCUAUCGACACCGGACACCUGAUAUGUUAAAAUCCAUCAAGCAGGUUGAGCUACAGUGCGUGCCAAAGAAAUUUACAUACAUUAUAGAAUCGAAAAGCAGCAACAUGAAUAUAAUUUAGACUAUUUAACAUAUCGAAAAAAUACAUUUAACAAAUUAAAGUAUAAACCAGUAGUUACUUGAGGACCCAAUCAAAGUUAAUUUAAAUCAAAAAUCAGGACAAUGAUUGCCGAUUUACUUUCCACUAAAAAAGUUUUUGUCACGUCACAAUUAUUUGUUCACGUACUUUUGCUCUGUACUAUAAAUUUAAAUAACUACAAAAUCUAUUUUCCAAUAAAUACAAAGCCGAACCAGUGGUUUAUACCAUAUUUAAACAAAUAGCGCUAGGCAUAGCUUCAAUAAGUGAGUAUUCCAAAUUACCAACAAUAUUCCGAAUUAGCCUCAUUUCCUCUAAUAGCACAGCUUAUUUAGUAUCAGUUAGUAAUUCACGCUUGUUUUUGAGUAUUGUCAUCUAUUGCGGCUAUUGACACAUGUACACAAGACUACCGACUUGUGUAGAAGACAAAACAUAAUAUAAACAAAUACCUAGGUUGGUAUGCAAAUUUCCAUACAAAUGUGGAUGUAUCGAUGGUCAUUACUUAGAUUUGCCUAUCGAUACAUAGCCAUUUCUAUAGUGUCUUAGCACUUAGUCAAAGAGCUAGUGUCAUAAAACCACAAAAAAUGUUAACUUUAACGGUGUUAAUAAAUAAUUAUUAUUAUUUAACAAAGAAAUUAUAUUAAAUCCUGUGUGUGUGUUUACAAAUUUAAA